CAACCAAUCGUAUUGCAGUAUUUUCUAGCACACGAAGCAUGCAAGUAAAAUGAAUACUACACACCUACAGUGAAUUAUCACUUUCAACAGUGGUGUUUGUCACACUUUGGAAUGGAUACACUACUUUCUAUUAACGAAUUAUAGGACAUUGUUGACGAAGCAGAAAAAAGAGAAUGGCUGACGAGUUUGAAUCCAAUGGUUGGGCAGCAAUCCAUAAUGCUGCCCACAGAGGUUUUCUUAAGUCAAUAGAUUUCUUCCUGAGUGAGGAUCAAGAGUUUAUAGAGUUAGAAACCAGAGAUGAACUUCACAUGACCCCAUUUUUAUGUGCCAUAGAUGGUAACAAGAUUGAAGCUGUUGAGCAUCUGAUGAAAGCAGGAGCAAAGGUUGAUGUCAUCAAUACUCAUAAUCAUGGAGCAGUUGAACUAUGUGCACUCAAACAGUACAUUGAGAUGCUAGAAUACCUGAUCAAACUGGAACAUCCUCAGAUACCAGUAUGGAAGAAUAUCAUAAGAUUUUUGAGCUCAGAAAGUGAGGAAGAAGCGGAGUCUGCUGGAAAAUGCCUGGAAAUUUUAACCCUUGGUAGCAAACAAGAUGGUAUUAAUCCAAAAUGGGAGCCAUUUUAUAAUCAUGGUGGUGUAACUACUAUUGUCAAGGUUGCCAAAAGCUCCAUUAGUGAUGAAGCAAAGAUACCAGCUUUCAGAACUUUGCUGAAUAUCAUUGAACGGAAUGAAGUCAAAGAACAGGUAGCAAGCUCUGGGGGAAUUCCAGUAUUUAUCAAAUUACUUAAGUCAAACAACCAUUUUGUUGUACAGCUUUCAGCAGAAAUUCUCAGAGAAUUAGCCCCUAUUCCUUCCUUUGCUGAACCCAUUACACAGAACAAUGGAAUACCAAGUCUUGUGAAAGUUUUGCAAACAAUUCACAAUCCUGAAGUGUUGAUUCCAGUUACGGAUUGUCUUGGAAAUUUAGCAGAAGCUGAUAACAAAUAUCAAUCACAGAUUGGUAAUGCCCAAGGUUGUAUGCAGCAGAUUGUUACUCUUUUGGAAGAAAAUCGAGAAAGAGAAUUAUUACACGCUCUAGCAAGAGCAGUUGGAAAAAUUGCAAAUGAUGAUCAAAACAAUCAAAACAUGUUUGUUAGUCUUGGGGUGACAGUUCAUAUUGUUACACUUACACGACUGAAAAAUAAAGACGUUCAAACAACCGCCGUGGAAGCUAUUCAUAAAUUAGCAAAUAACAAUCCAGAUACUCAAAAAAUCAUUGUUUCUGAGAAAAUACCAGAACUUUUGUUGAAACUAUUAAAAGACAGUAGAGCAGAGCAGGUUCAGGAAAAAACUGCUCUUGCUUUGUGGGCAUUGGCGGGAACAGAGUUUGACGUAAAGCGGUACAUUGCUGAAAAGAUUGGAGUAAAUUUAUUAGUUCAGUUUUGCAAUACACUGUCAGACAAUUUACAUUAUAUGGGUUCAGAAUGUCUUGGAAUAUUAGCUCAGGGACCAUUAAAUUUCCAGUCUGAAAUAUCUGCUUCAAAUGGUAUUACUCCAUUACGGAAGCAUUUAGGAUCAGACAAGGAGUACAUAGUGUUGAGUGUUAUCAAGACCAUACGUUACUUGUGUUUAGGAGUAGGAUAUGUGACACACAAGAAAAAUCAAAACAUGAUAUUACAGUUGACAGGAAUCAAAUCUUUAGUAGCUUUAAUGAUUCAUUCAAGAUCUGAAGAGAUUCAGAUUGAAUCAGCUUUAACGCUGGCGGCAGUAUCAUUAGGUAAUCAGCCAGUGUUAGAUGAAAUAAAGAAAUACCCAGAGUUUAGUUAUGUCAGAAUCCUCAAGUUGAUGUACUCAUCUGACCCAAUGGUACGACUGUUAGCAGGGCUAGCUCUUGCCACAUUUGCCUACAAUAACAUUGCUGAACAGAAGGAGAUAGCAGAUCAGGGUGGUGUUAGAUUUAACUGUUUUGCACCAUUUUUACAGUCUAAUGAUGAGAUGUACAGAUGUCUAGCAGCCUUUCAGGUUGUAGUAUUAGCAAGAAUAAUACCAGAUGAGGAACAGGCCUUGUCGUCUGCUGCUGGAAUUAAACUUAUAGUCGAUAUACUUCAAGACUCCAUGUCCAAUGAGACAAUAUCAUUAGCAUGUGAUUGCAUUGCUAGAUUAUCACACACAAGAGCAGAGUAUGAGAGGGGAGUACCUGCUGCCAUUGUUUCUAUAGAUGCUGUAAAUCUCCUCUGUCUACAGCUUCUGUCUCCGGCUGAACAAAUCAGAGGAUGUGCUUCCAUAGCUUUGGGAUAUCUUUCUUUCAAUCAUGCUGGUGAAAGACAAAUUUUGAAUAGAUGUAGAGCAGAUCCAUAUUUAAUGAGGAUAUUACUGCAUUAUACCAAGAACAGUAAAAUCAGUGCUGAUUUCCUUAAGGGAUGGCAACAUUACAAGAAAGUCGGACUUCCUCCUGUACAGGAUGGUAGACCAAAUCUUGUUGGAUUUAUACCACCUGAUGGCCCUGGUAUAUCUAUAGACCAAUAUUCUAAUACACCAACAUCAUCUUCCAAUACCAAUGCUGAGGAAGGUCGAAUAGGGGAUCAGGGGUCAACAUCUAGGACAACUUCUCGACAUGACACAGGUAGUAGGACUGAUGGAACUCCAAUCCAAGCAGAAACUCCUAUCAAUGCCAGUCAGAUUUCCCUAGAUUCAAGUCAAUCGCCACAACUUCAAGAAAUUGCCGCUGAAUGAAAUUCACUAUGCAUUUAUUUGAAAUGGAUAUGCAUGUAUAUUAAUGUAGAGAGGACAUGUCUUUUGGAUCAAAAGGAUAACUCAUUGAAACAACAUACAUAUUCAUUUAAUUUACAUAUGUCCAUACAGUAUUUUUGAAAUUUUGUUCAAUAUGUAGACUAGAGGCCUAACUAUUUACCGACAGGAACUGUUAAUUAGUCGGUAGGAUCCGUACACCGAAAAAUAUAAAUAAUUAAAUUGAGAAUGGAAAUGGGGAAUAUGUCAAAGAGACAACAACCCGACCAAAGAGAAUUAUCCUUUACUAAAAUUGUUAUAAAUUUCAUUUGCCUGAAAAUUUGCCAUGACAUAGUGUGUUUGUAAGAUGCAUAUAUAUAUGUACAUUGGAUUUGAAAUCGUUAAAAAAGAACCCCCAAAAAAAUAGUGUAUUUCUGAUUGAUAAAGAUAAAAAUGGGAGAUAGACUGAUAAUUUCUCUCUUAUGUUAUUUUACUUUUGUAGGGGUUUAAUUAGUUAAUGAGUAUUUAUUGAAAAACGUGUGAUAGGAAUUUUAUACAUGACAAUACAAUAAUUUUGAAUAGUAUACUUAGGAGGAUUCAUUUUAUUUCAUGGGGUUUUAAUUUUCAUAGAUUUCGUUGAUACAUUGUACAUUGAAUUUUUAAAAACCAUAAAAUCAAGUAUAAACUAAAAAUUCUGUUUUCCUUAAGCCAAUAAAAUUGGUAUCCAUGGAAAUAAAUGAAUCCAGAGUGAGUCAUUUUGUAUUUUUACUAACCUAAAGACUCCAGACUUUUUUCUGAAAUGUUUUAUUUCUGAAAUAAAGAGUGCUGCUUGUUAUCUUUUAUGUUUUGAUAUUCUCUAACUGUUGUAGCUCAUAUAUUUUAUUCUUCUAAAUGCCUCUAAUUAUUUUAUAUUUUCUUGUUAUACAUGUUUCUUUUUACCUGAAUUGGAAUUUUAUAUAUUUUUGUAUUUGUUGAUGUUAUGCAAUAUUUGGAUUUUUUGUAUCAUUUCAUUGUUAAUUAACUUCCUUUUUCUACAAAGUUAGUAUUCUCCAUUUUUUAUUUGAGAUAUAAAAAUGACUUCAAAGCGAGCAAAAAAAAGGUAGAAUUUUUAUAAGAUUCGUGUUUAAUAGAAUACUAUUAAUUCUUACAUGAAUUAACAUAUAAUGGCACUUAUUUUUAUACAAAUAUAUGGUAUUAUAUUUUUAAGCUUUUUUUUAUAUAUAUAUAUGAUUUUUGUUGUCAAGAGACUUAUUCCAUUAAAGAAACAUUGCAAACGAUAAUAGAGAAAACAUUGCUCAGAAAAUAUUUUCAAUGAACGAGGUUUUACGAGUACAGUGAAAGUUGAAAAGGCUUAAACCUGUACACUAGUAGAAAUCCAGAUUUUGUAUGUUUUUUUCAUGUUUCUAUCAUUCCUUUAGGUCUGGUAAAAGGAAAUAUUGCAGAGUUGCCAAAGUUAUUAACUUACCUUGUUUUGGUGUAAACUUCCCAAAAUGGCAUUAAAAAGACCAAAUGUUUUUUUUUUGUUUUAUUUGGUCAAUGUCUCAUUGAGGUAAAUAAAAUUGAGGAUGGAAACGGGGAAUGCGUCAAAGAGACAACAACCCAACCAAAUAGCAGAAAACAGCCCUAAAAAAAAAUCCCACACCCAGAGCUUGUUAUUGUUGAAGGGUAAAUGUCCACAAAUUCCUUCAUAAAUCAGCCAAAUCUAACUUGUUAUACUGACUUUUAGACUUUAGAAAAUGUUGUUUUCUGAACAAUUUUGAUUUCUUUAAGCUUUGUUUGAUUCAUCACUAUGAUCUAGUAAGACUUGUUUCAAUUUGGUUAGUCAAAUAAGAAAAUACAUAAGUUACACCUCCGACAUAGCAGCCAAGGGAAAUAACUCAAAUUCAAAUUACAUCUGACACAUUAAAACCCAUCUAUUUUUGAAAAUUUUGUAAUGUCUAAUUAUAAGAUGACAUCUUUGAUGACCUUUCAGUCUGCAGAUAUGCAGUGUUGACAUUACUAAAAUUGUUCUGAUCUUAUUUCUGCAAGUCAAAUCUAUUAUGACCAGUAGUUCCAUGUUUUGAAAUAAAAAGUUUAAAUAUAGGUUUAUUAAUAUAACUGGGACCUGUUUUGUACUGUAUUCCCAUUGGAGCUUUCAGUUAAGUUUAAUUAUGUUUAUACUCUCUUCUAAAUAACAUUUAAGGAAUGACUGUAAUAUUUUUUCUGUCUAUGAAGAAAUAACAUCAAAAAUGUAGUGCACACUGAAUAACCUGCUUAGCGGGUUAUUUUAAAGUGUGCACCACAUUUUUAUGUUAUUUCGAAUAGACAGAAAAAAUAUUACAGUCAUUUCUUAUUCUUUAAUUCUAAAUUUCAUUUUAAACCGGAGAAAACCAUGAAAAAACGUUGAUGACGCCACGGUCACAUGACAAAAUUAUGUCUAUGAGCUGAUAAACAAAACAACGUCAGCCAAUCAGAAGAUGCGUUACAUUCAAAAUUAAAUUAUAUUGAAUUAAAGUCAAAAUAAGAUUGUUAGUUUGCCAUUUGAAUUGUAUUCUUUUUCACUAUCAUAUCUCUAUGUCAGAUAUGAAUUUAUGUACAUGUAUAUCAUUUAUGUUUUAACAUGGAUACUAACCUAAGUCUUUGUAAGACUUCAAAUUUAAAAAGCAUUUUAAUUAUUUGUUAUUGUUGAUGAAAUGUGUAAUAAAGAAUCGUUAUAA